AUGUCUCCUGCACAACCCCUAAAUGGUGCGAUCUCUAAGACUGCUCAGCAGCAGCAGCAGCAGCAAGAACGUCCUUUAUCUCCUGCAGCAGCAAGAGCAGCAAUAACAGCAGCAGCAGCAGCAGGAGCAGCAGCAGGAGCAGCAGCAGGAGCAGCAAUAGCAGCAACCCCACCAACAGGUCCUCUUCCUCCUCAUCCUCCAGGAGAGGAGACAGCAGUCUUACUAGGUGCAGAUGCAGCAGCAUCCUCAUCGGAAGCAGCAGCAGCAGGAGCAGCAGCAGGAGCAGCAGCAGGAGCAGCAGCAGGAGGAGAGGAGCCAAUAGUAGAGGACAUAUUAUAUAAAUCUGGUGCCUAUGAAUGGGUAUGCAUUCCUUCUUCUUCCUCUAUUGUUGCUGCUGCUGCUGCUGCUGCAGCAGCAGAAGGGGUAUCAGAAGGUACAGGAGAAUCUGCUGGUUCUAUUGAGGAAGAAUACAAAGAAGUAAUAAAAGUAAUGGAGGCAACAGAGCGGAGACAAGAAAGGAAGCAAGAGCAGCAGCAAAGGAAGCAGCAAGAGCAGCAGCAAGAGCAGCAGCAAGAGCAGCAGGAGCAGCAGCAGCACAACAACAACAACAGCAACGAAGGAAAUACAAACAAUGACGAACCCCAACAACAACCACAAGAACAACCGCAGCAACAGCAGGAGCAGCAGGAGCAGCAGGAGCAACAAGAAGAAGAGGAACAAGAAGAGGAGGAAGAGGAAGAAGAAGAAGAAGAAAAAGAAAAAGGAGUAUUAUAUUACCUAAAAGAUAAAAGAUUUUUCUUAUUAUUACCUAUAUUUAUUGUUAAUUUAUUACGUAUAGAAUUUUAUACAAAAAGUAACAAGGAACAAUUAAUAAUAAAAAAAGAAGGAGAAGAACAACAACAACAACAACAACAACAAGGAGGAGGAGGAGGAGGAGGAGGAGAAGGAGAAGAAGGAAAGAAUAAUAUAUAUUUAUUUUUUUCCUUAAUGAAUAUAUUAUCCUUUAUACCUAGUCCUCUAUUAGGUUAUCUUAGUGAUAAGUACGGGCACCAGCAGCAACCGCAACAACAGCAAAAUACACAUGAUGAUGAAGAAACAGAUCAUAAUAAUCAGGAUAGUAUACAAGAUGCUACACCUGCAGCAGAAGCAGCAGCAGCAGCAGCUGCUGCUGCUGCAGCAGCAGCAGAUGAGGCAGCAGCAGCAGAACAAAUGCUAGCAGCAAAACAGCAACAGCAAAUUGGUGGAUAUAUUGAAGUCGUUGGGGAACCAGAUCGCGUCUAA